AUGGUCGCUGGGGAAGGCAAAGGCGCUUGUCCCGACCAAGGUCCACCUAGCUCCAUCCAAUCAGAUCGAUCUGACGUUGUCCCCAUGACGUUCUCCCUCCGAACCCAGCCCCGUUCGUUGCUCACCACCUACCAACCAAAGCCACUCGCAGGAACCACUUCUCUAUCACCUCCCAUCAUCCUCACGCUAAACAUCGAACCUCGGACGCCGACGAGUACACACCGAGCAUCAUCAACGACAUCGAGACCGCCGUUGUUCGAACCGCCCAUACCCCAUCUUCCUAAUCACUAA